AGACAACAACAAUAAAAAUAAGACGCAGGAAGAAGAGACAGCAUACACGAGAUCCACCACCGUAUCCCCUUGCUUGCACCAGAGACAAGAGAAAGAUCUCAAACGCCAUGGCCGACCGCACCUCACGACAGGCGCCACCGCCGGGCGCCCCGCGGCGGCAGGUCCGGAGGAACCUCUUCCAGGGCCUGACGAGGCGGCCGACGGGCCCCACGGGGGCGUCUGCGGCUGCGACAACGACGAGUUCCGGCGGUGCGGGGGGCAUCGUCUCCGCGGCGGUCGCGGCCGCGGGCAGCGGUAACGGCAUGGCGGUGGCCGCCGGGGGCGGCUCGUCGUCUGGGGCCUCGGCCGAGACGCUGCGCCUCGACGUCGACGUGCUAUCGGAUGGGGGUGGCGCGCCUGUGGAGAUUGUCGUGCGAGACGAGCACGGCGAGGUCGAGCUGGGCGAGCUGCCGACGCUGGUUUUUGAUGAGGCUGACGAGGCGGCGGCGACGGACGACCGGGAAGAGAGCAACAAAGAGCGCCAGAGGCUUGCGGAGGCGGUAAAGCAGCAUCAGGUUAACCACACUGCGAUUCGUGAGCAGCCCGAAGAGCUGCUGGAAGCUGUCAGGGUCAGUCUCCGGGCCAAGGUGGCGGCUCUUGCAGAAGACAACUGGAUGUACGAGGCCGAGCCGGAGCUGCCCCGUGCCUUCUGAACGCGAUGCGAAGCCCACUCAUAUCUACGAAACCUGGAGCCGCCGUCACUGCUACGACAUUUUGACUCCA